AUGGGAAAACCUCCUGGAGGGGAGACUUCGGUAGAAGGACGCUUAGCUCCAGCCGAGACGGCCCGGGCUGGGCCGAGAGGGGCUUUCCUCCCGCCCGCCGGGGAGGCGACACCGGCCGGCUCCCGGGGCUGCCCCGCGCCCGCGUUUGCAGGACUUGGGCAGUCUUCCUCGGGGAGGGAGGGGGCCGGGAGAGGGGGAGGAAGCCGCCUGCGCGGCGAGGCGCGGGGAACCGCGGAGCAGGGGGCGGGCGGCGGCAGCUCCGCAGCUUCGCCGGGGGGAGCGACACCGCCGGAGGGCUGGGGGAGGGGAACGGCACGGCCGAGGGCAGCCCGCGGGGCCGGGCACAGCACGGGCUGGGGGGGCCGGUGCGGCGGGAGGCAGCCCGCGGGCCGCCUGCUGGGUGGCGCGGCACCCGCUCCUCCUCCUCCUCCUCCAGCCGCAAUCCAGCGAGCCACAGCGGCGGUAUCGACCGGGUUCCCCCGGAGCCGGCUCUCACUGCCGGAGCCUGCCUGCGCGCCCGGCCGCGGCCGCCCCAUCCUCCCCGUCCCGGCCGGGGCCCGCUCGCCGUCCCCGCCAGGGAAAGGCGGCGGCGGGGGCUCUUGCUUGGGGAACCGGCUUCUCGGAGCGACACGGGGCGGGGGACGUCGCGGCGAUAAACAUUUGCGGGGUGGGGGGAUGGGCGGAAAUGUUCCUGCUAAUCCCCCGUGCCCCCCUCCCUGCCCUGGGCAUCCUCCCUUCACCGCCUCCCCCCCCCCCGGCGCGUCUAGGUUCUCUGUAUGGAAAUCACGAGCUGGCUCGGUGGAAAAAUCUCCCUUUGCCUCGCAUAGUGGCUCCAGAGUGUGGGCUGAAUUUCAAGGUGUGUGUGGGAGGGGGAGACAGUGCCAGCAUUUAUGGAGCUUGGUGGCGUGUCGUCCCCGGUCCCUCUCCUACAUAUGUGCUGUAAGCAGACACGCGCAUUUAUGGCUAAUAAAAACGUAUUUCCCUAUGUAUAGUUAGACUAAGAGCUUGGUCCUAGUAAACUGAAAGCCAGCCUGUGUCAGGGAACAGCCUGCAGAUCAACGAGAAGCUUUGGCAUCUCUGCGUGCAAGUGAGGUAGCCUGGCUGUGUUCACACCAUGCUUCCCCGGAUCAAUAAGCACGGUGACCAUAUAGACUAUGUGAUGUAUAUGCUGUACAAUAUGGAGUGACCACCAGUAUUACACCAGCACCUGUCCAUUGUGCUACAUGUGGUCUUCAAAAGAGACUGUCAUUUCUGUUGAGCGUUUUGAUCAAGAAGGCUUUUGUCUUCUCUCAAUUAUCUCUCUAAGCACCAGUGUGAAGUAUUCAUGUACAUUUGCCAGUCUGGCAGUUUGAUGUUUCCAGAAUCUGUUGUGAGAGGUUCGGCAAUGGCAGAAACCCAGGAUUCCUCUGGCAUCACAUUGAGAGAAGGGAAGAAAACGAGUGAAGGAAGGAUGUUAUGGUUAGUAAAGAAGAAAAUGCAGCGUCCAUUUCAAGUGUAGUAGCUGUUAAAUAUGUAGACAUAUGUAUGAUUCAUUAUGCCGUAAUAAAAACGAAAAGCAUACCA